UCACCGUUUCUUUAACAAACCUGCUUCAGCGUUAAAACCCUAAACCUCUGUUCAGAAAAUCUCCAAUUUUCUUUCCAUCAUUUUCUAAUUUUUUUGUUGUCUUCAGUGAACUUUGAUUCUUCAUAUCUCAGAUGAUAAGCCAAUAACAAAAAAAAUGUCAACAAGAUCCCAAGCAUCUUUGUGCUCUAGGUUCCUCAGCCAAACCCUUCAAAGCAGGUCCAAAGCCCUAACCUCAUUUCACCGGAAAAUCUCAACUUUCCCACCUUUUCCCACUAACCAAACACCAAAAUCCUCACUUUCUUCGAAAGUAGCCCAUUUCUCCACAGCCUCCUCCACAGAAGUUCGGGAUCUUCUUGCUGAAGUAGAGCGUGAGAAGCGGAGGGAAAAAGAGGACAGGACGAGAAAAGGUUUGGAUACAAAGGAUAUUGAUGAAGAGGAUCAAGAAGAUUACAUGGGUGUAAUGCCCUUGAUAGAGAAGCUUGAGAAGGAGAAAUUGAAGGAUACUGGGAAUUUAGACAUGUACGAGGAGCCUACAGAUUCGGAUAGCGAUGAAGAUGAAGAUGAUGAGAGGUUUGGGCCUGAGGCAGUUCAGAAGAGGAUUGAGGAGUUUGAGAAGAAGCAUAAAAGGCAUGAGCAGUUGCUAAAGGACUUCACUGAGGCCGACUGGACAGAGACACUUGAUGAAGCUUUCAAAUGUAUGAAUAAAAUUGACAAGUUUGAGGAAAAGCAUUUUCGGCUUCGCCCUGAAUACAGGGUCAUUGGUGAGUUGAUGAAUCGACUUAAGGUAGCAGAAGGCAAGGAGAAAUUCAUUCUUCAGCAAAAAUUAAAUAGGGCAAUGAGGCUGAUUGAAUGGAAGGUAGCCUAUGAUCCCAACAAUCCGUCCAAUUAUGGAGUUAUUCAGCUUGAACAAGUUGGUCAAUCUGAUGAUCUUGUGGAAAAUGCUGGACAAGGAGAGGAAGAGCAAAUGAUACGAGGAACUGCUGCUGUAGACGAUGAUGAUGAAGAAUUUGAUGACAUGAAAGAGAAGGAUAACAUACUGCUAGAGAAGCUCAAUGCUAUUGACAAGAAACUUGAAGAGAAGCUGGCAGAGUUGGAUCAUACCUUCGGGAAGAAGGGAAAACUUCUGGAGGAGGAGAUCAGAGAUCUUGCUGAGGAAAGAAAUGCUUUGAUAGAAAAGAAAAGAAAACCUCUUUACAGAAAGGUAAGUGCCUACGUUAUUGCUUCCAAAGCAUCAGUUUUUUUUUUUUUUCAAAUAGUAAUUUAAAACUAGAGGAGGAAAAGGCUAAGCUUAUGUUAUUCUUCUUUUUCCUAAAUACAUUUCAUUUAUAUUCAUGCAUCUAGUUAGCAAGCUGCUGAUUGGAGUUUGUCUUUCUGAUGUUUCUCUCCCUUUUAUUGUUUCCUUGCAAGUAUGAAAUAGGUUGCAUUGAAAAAAUUCUAGGAAAUUUCUUAAGCUGAAGUUUUAGUUUUCUUCAUAUUCUCUGAUGAUAUAUAUGAGUGCGCAAG